AUGGCGUUGACAUCGGUAGGGCUCUGUCACAUGUUCAGUUGUAGAUUGAUGCUAAUGUAUAAAAGUGGAAAGCAUUCCGCUUCUUCGAUGUCUCCCAGGUCCGAUUUCCGGACGGCGACGGCGCGGUGUCGCUGGACGUAUGCAACGCAAUGAAUACUCCCCUACAUCCGAGCAGAGACUGAUUCUCGCAGCAAACAAGCACUAGUUGCGUGAGCUCUGGAUCCGACCGGAUCUUCGUUGGAACUCCAAGCAGCGUGGUCCACAUCUUGGAUCAGAGCUUCAAAUCCACGCGCUCGUGGAAGGCACACGAUGCCGGGAGCAUCACACACAUCGUUCAGCUUCCCGACACGGCCUACCUGCUCACGCUUGCCGAGACGCUCCAGCACGAGCCCGAGUUGAAAGUCUGGACGCUGGAACACAACGACAAAAAGACCGGUAAUCCGCGGUGUUUGUGCCAACUGACCGUCCAGAACGGCAGGAAGAACUUCCCGGUCAGCGCUGUUUCCGUCACCAGCGAUCUUGCGCAGCUGGCUGUCGGCUUCGCAAACGGUGCUGUUACAGUCGUCCGUGGCGACCUGAUCCACGAUCGUGGCACCCGACAGCGUACUGUCUUCGAAUCCGAAGAGCCCAUCACUGGUCUGGAAUUUCGAGAAGCAAACACGACAGCCCUAUACAUCGCAACCACUUCACGAAUCUUGGCACUUGCCAUUACCGGCAAGGCGCAGGGUACACCUGCACGGUCUCUGGAUGAAUCCGGCUGUGCUGUUGGUUGCAUGAAGCUCGACCCGCACUCCAAUGAGCUGGUCGUUGCCAGAGACGAUGCCAUCUACACAUAUGGCCCGCGCGGCAAGACGGGUUCCAAUGCUUAUGAGGGCGUCAAGAAGCUUGUGGAUGUGCACAAAGACUACGUGCUGGUAGUCUCGCCACCGGCAAGCAACCUCGGACGAGCUACUGGGCUACGUGCCUUUGCUGGUACCCGAGCCGACGAGAUCUUCAAUACCAGCACAUUUUCUAUCCUGAACACUGAUCUGAAAUUCAUUGCCCAUUCCGAAGCAGUGUCGAGCCAAAUCAGCAGCAUAUUCACCAUCUGGGGUGAUAUCUUCUUAUUGACAAUCGACGGAAAGCUCUACCGAUACCACGAGAAGUCCUUCCAGCAGAAGCUCGAGGAUCUGUAUCGGCGCGACCUUUACGUCCUGGCAAUCAACAUGGCACAGAAAUACAAAGUGGACGCCGUCCAGCAAAAUGUCAUCUUCCGCAGAUAUGGUGACUAUCUCUACCAAAGAGGUGAUUACGAUACUGCGAUGCAGCAAUAUCUGCGGGCAAUCGACAACACAGAGCCGUCUCAGAUCAUCCGCAGAUUCUUGGACAAUCAGCGAAUACGGAACUUGAUUGAUUAUCUGGAGGAGCUCCACGAGCACAACAAAGCAACAUCAGACCACACAACGCUUUUGCUAAACUGCUACGCGAAGCUGAAAGACGUGGACAAGCUGGAAGAGUUCAUUAAACAGCCUGGAGAUCUCAAAUUCGAUCUCGAUACUGCUAUCCUAAUGUGUAGGCAAGGAGGCUACUACGACCAAGCUGCCUUCUUGGCAAGACGACAUGAGGAACAUGGUCUGGUAGUUGACAUCUUGAUCGAGGAUCUCAAGAAGUAUGCCGAAGCACUUGCGUACAUCGUCCGUUUGGAACCGAAAGAAGCGUAUCCCAACUUUAUGAAGUACGGGACGGUGUUGCUGGAGCAUUGUCCGGGAGAAGCAACUCAGCUGUUCAUCGACUACUUCACCGGGAACUUCAAUCCCAAAAAGGACGCUGUCAUUGUCCAAGAAGCGCCGGCUACACCACAGCAGAGCGGCGGUCUCGGUAACAUGGCCACGUCAGCAGCGCAGAAUCUUGCCUCUUUGAUUCCGCUCCCGUACAUGAGCACCAGCGCCCUUCAAACCCCAGCGGCCAAAGACGGCGGCAACCAAACGACAGUCAGCCAAGCCCAAGUGGUCGAAACACUCACCGAAGGCGAAUACGUUCCCUACGAAGUCCCCAAACCUCGAACAGCCUUCUCCGCCUUCAUCGACCACCCCGACUCCUUCAUCACCUUUCUCGAAGCCUGUGUCAGCAGCAACGGCGUCCAAGAAUCCAACAAAGAAGACCUCCAGACAACGCUCUUCGAAAUGUAUCUCCAUGAAGCCAACGUUGCAUCCAACUCGGAGGAAAAAGCACACUGGGAGGCCAGCGCCAAGAAACUCAUCGAGCAACAAGACGGAUCGAUCGACACAUCCAACAUCCUCCUCCUCUCCGACCUCGAGAAAUUCCGCCAGGGCACCAUCCUCGUCUCGGAAAAGCAAGGUCUUCGCUUCGACGUCUUCCGAUCAUAUACCGCCGCGAAGGAUACCCAAGGCGCCAUCAAAGCCCUCCGCAAAUACGGCCCCGAAGAACCCCAACUCUACCCCACCGCCUUGGCAUACUUCACCUCCUCGCCGUCCAUCCUCGCCGAAGCGAGCGCCGAGGUGGAAAACAUCCUCCAGAAGAUCGACGCCGACGGCCUCAUGGCCCCCUUGCAGGUCAUCCAGACCCUCUCCACCAACCCCGUCGCCACCAUGGGUCUGGUCAAGACGUACCUCUCCCGCACCCUGUCCAGGGAAAGAGGCGAGAUCGCCGCGAACCGCAAACUCAUCGACUCGUAUCGCGGCGAUACCCAGACCCAAGCCGCGGAGUUGCAGGACCUGGCCACGAAGCCGCAGUCUUUCAGCGCGACGCGGUGUUCCGCGUGCGGCCGGACGCUGGAAUUGCCCACGGUGCAUUUCAUGUGUAAGCAUUCGUUCCACCAGUCGUGCCUGGGGCUGGGGGAGCAGCGGCGUGAUGGCGGGGAUGAUGAUGAUGAUGAUGAUGAUGAUGAUGGGGGCGAGUGUCCGAUCUGUGCUCCAAGGAAUCUCAUCGCGAGACAGAUGCGCGAGGCGCAGAUUGAGAGUGCGGGGAGGCAUGAUUUGUUCGAGGAGAGUUUGAGGGGUGCGGCGAAGAGUGAGACGGGCAGGUUUGGCGUGAUUGGGGAUUGGUUUGGACGGGGGGUGAUGAGUGUCAAGGGGCCGGCGGGUACUACUGUGGCGGAAUGA